AUGGCGGUUGCUUCGGCCGUGCCCACGCUUCCACCCCCUCCUCUCCUCGGGGACGGCCGCAGCCUUCGUCUGAAGAAAGGCCAUGUGUCCUGGAGCUCUGCGAGAUCCUACAAUGUCAUCUCUAGUAGACCCAUUGCGUUGUACGCCGUGCCGGGAAGGAACCUCGGGGAGCCCAGACCAGGGUUUCUGAGUCGGGGUUCAGAGGAGGUGGGACGCCGCCGCCGAAUCCGCCCCACCUAUGCCGAGGCGAAGGGUGACAGUGGCACCUCCACUGGUGGAUACCCAAAUGUGGGUGAAACGAAAUGCUAAGUCGCAAGGGGUUUGGUGCAUGUCUAAGUGAUUGGUUUCAUUUUUAGAAUUUUAAUUUUUUUUUCGUUCGGGGAGCAGGUGAUCGGUGUUCUCCAUCUGGCCGUGUCACUUGGGUUGAUUUUGGCGGCAGAUAAAUUCCUGAAGAAAGCUUUUGUGGCGGCGGCCAUCAAGUUUCCCAGCGCUCUUUUUGGGAUGUUCUGCGUUUUCACUGUCUUGAUCGUUUUGGACGUGGCGGUUCCAUCUGCUGCGAAGGCGUUGGCGAAUUUCUUCGAGCCCGCUACACUGUUCAUCCAGAGGUGGCUUCCCUUGUUCUAUGUGCCCUCCUUGGUCGUCUUGCCUCUAGCAGUGAGGGACAUCCCCACCGCCGCAGGGCUCAAGAUUUUCUCUAUUUUAAGUAAGUGCCGCAUUGCCCUGCCAUAAGAAAGAAUUAUGAGCAUGAAGCUUCUUGGGUACUAGCGAAAUUUGAUUUAAUUUAUCAAAAUCAUGAAGAUAUCAUCGAUGGCCGGGGAAAUCUUUGUAAUGGGUUGUUUUUUCUCAAGAUAUAGUCUCUCCUGUAUGACAAAGUCAUGUCUCUUCUAAGUUUUUUGUGGAGUCGAACAAAAUUAUUUUCUGCACCACCUUUGUACCCUUCUUUUCUAUUCAACUUGGAUUAUUCCAUUCUUGGAUCAAUUGAAUUUUGACUCAUCUUAACGAUUUUUUUUCUUGUAUGGUGCCACCUUUUGGUUGAUGUUUAUUGAGAAUAUGCUUAUUCACAGCUCUCCCUGAUCACUGUUGAUUUCAAUUUUCAGACAUUUUUUCGGUCGUCAGUGAUUUGUUUCUUAAAUUUUUCCCUAGAAAGUAUUGGUUACCUUCUCAUUGCAGCUUCCUUUCUGUGUUCACAAUCCUCGGCCAUUUCUUGUCAAGUUCUUUACAUGUCAUAUAUCAUCAAGCAGAAGAGGACACUGCCCAUGGUUAAUUCACUGUUUUCUAUUAUCCUGUCAGUUUUAAAUUUUUAGUUCCUCUGAUAAUCCAUUCCAUCAAGCUUUGAUUACCUCAAUCAACGAAUCAUAGUUGUGUUUAUUGUGAUAUAUUUAAUCUAUGAUUUAUUUAUUUUUAUGUUGAAAAAUAUAUACAUUUAUAGAUAUGAGCAUAUAAAGAUCCAUGAAAUGAAUGAACUUUUGUUCAAGUGUGUGACAUUAGAUUCAUGUUGUGAGGGAUGCAAAGAACUUCCGAAAAACUGUCAUUGGUGUGUGAUCUUGUGGGAGGUGAGCAGAGCUAAAGGAUUGCUACAAGAAAUGGAAUUUCCCAUAGUUCAUGGGGUGAUCUUUUUCCUCUUCUACGUUCUUGAUGGAGUUUUUAGCUCCCCAUGAAUAUCUCGAAAUAUGUGUAAGCUCCCAUGCCUUUCUAUAACCCUUGCAACUAAUUCUCAUUAGUAAUUCCUCACGUGUAUGUGAGGUUUGCUGGAACCAAUUUGAUUCUCAAGCCCAAAAAGAGGAAGAAUCAUUCAAGAACUUUGAUACACUCUGAGUGCAACAAUCUUUUAUCAUCUAAUGCAGGUUGUUCUUUCCCUCAUUUGGGUUCUCUCCUGUCAUUUUAUCAAGUGAUGUCAUCCCAAUUAAACUUAAUAUUUAUAUAUAUAUAUAUAUAUAGAUAUAUAUAUAUAUAUAUAAAUGCACAUGUAUUCGUGUGUUCCUGGGGAUCUAAUUCAUCCGCGUGCUUAUUUCUUAUUCUCCAGUACUCUGUCAUUUAUUAAGUGUUUUGCAAUUCAUAGAAAUUUUGAUCUCAAUUGAACUUGCUAAAUGUUCAUAUACGUUAUAUAUUACCAGAUAUCUCUUUAACCCAUGUUCUCCGUCCACUGCUCUCCAGUUGGAGGCUGGUUGGCUUCGCUCUGUGUUGCCGCAUACACAGCAUUGACUGUAAGAAACAUUGUGAAGACGGAGAUGAUACCAGCUGAGCCCAUGGCAAAGCCCUCACCAUUUUCAAGCACAGAGGCGUUGAUCUGGACGGCUGUCUUCAUCUCUUCAUUUGUCCUUGCCCUGGUUUCACCAACAGCACUUGGAACCAGUGCCUUGACGAACCUCCCUUUUCUUCUCGCUGCAACAGUGCUGGGAUAUAUGACUGGCUCCGGGUAAUUAUAAUUUUUCCAAUUCAUUCUAAAAGAGGAACUAUUCGUUCAUUCUCAAAUAAAUAUUUAUAUUGAUAUCUUUGUUUGUUCACUGGGUUUUUGUUUGCAGAUUGCCAUCUGAUGUCAAGAAGGUUUUCCACCCUAUUAUCUGCUGUGCACUUUCUGCAGAUUUGGCAGCUGUUGCUUUUGGGUAUUUCUCCCGGUCUGGAUUGGAUGCUGUUCUAGGUUUAAAGCCUUCUGUUCCAGCCCAUUUCCAAUUUAUUUCCUUAGAAUUCAGUAAUAAAAUGCUUUUUUUUCCGAAAACAGUUUGUCGAGCAUUGUAUUCUUCUAGUAUGAAUUAUUCCUCAUGAAACAAUUCCUCAUAAUAUUAAUUGAAAUUCUUUUCUUCAGUCACAUAGUGCUGGGCUUUUUGAACCAAAGUUUCUUGUUUAUAGGGUAAAAUGACUACAUAUUUUCACAUUAUAGUUACUACUUACUGCUGGCUCUGUUUUUUUAAGAAAAAAAUGAUUCUUGAUGAACAGAAAUAAUUUUACUCUAUAUGUACAAUAUUAUUGAUUCUGAAAAGAUCUAAAUAUUUUAUUUACAAUGUGACGCCUUCUCAUUUAUUAAUGCCACAUUUAUGGAUUAAUAAACUGGUUCCAUUCAAAUGAUUACAAUUAUAAUUUUUUCAUUUUUUUUCUGACGAAAUUGAUUUUUGCAGGUGACUACCUGACUAAAACCCCAUCGAAUCCUGGAGCUGGUGAUAUCCUCAUGGGAUUUCUUGGCUCUGUCAUUAUCUCCUUCGCUUUCUCCAUGUUUAAGCAGAGAAAGGUCCACACCCUCUUUCCUAUCUAACACUAAUCCCAUCCCCCCCCGAAAACCUAUGUUUCUUCUGCCUAUUCCUCUUUUUCCAUCUCUCAUUUCAUCAGAUAUGUCAUCAAUAUAUUCUUUAUCUAUCUUUCACCUAAUACAAUAUUCAUUUAUUUAUCGAUUUAUCAAAUACAUUCUUUAUUUGAGGGCUGAACAGUGGCCGCUGCUCUCAUGCAGCUUGUCAAGAGGCAUGCGGCCGAGAUAUUCUCAUCGGUGGUGAUCUCAACGAUCUUCUCUCUCUACUCCACUGCCUUUGUGGGUCGCCUCGUAGGCCUGGAUCCCAACUUGACCAUAUCCAUCCUUCCAAGGUGCAUCACCGUGGCAUUGGCUCUCAGCAUAGUCUCCUUGUUUGAAGGUAGUAUCCACUGGCGAUCCUUCAUAGCUCCCUAGAAGUUGAACUAUUCUCGCUUGACUAUGAACGACAAUGUUAUAUUUAUCAAGAAAUAUGAUGGAAAAUGGUAGACACAGGAACUAAUUUUAUGAUUCUGAAUUCGGAGACAGUUUUUCUUCUGUGAUUAUGGACAAGAAAACCAUAUUUUACCAACGGAUAUGAUGAAUAAAUAUUCUGGAUAUGAACUAUGAUUAUUUUAUGGAUCCACUCCGUUCUCUUCGUCACCAUGAGAAAAAUAAUCUAAAAAAUGUAUUGUAUGAUCCAUGCUGAUCAUUUUUCUUCCAAUUUUAGUUCUAUUAGUUUCUCUCUGGUUAACCGUCAUUUUUCGUGUGUUUGUUUAGGAGCGAAUGCUUCCCUCACCGCGGCUGUAGUGGUUCUGACUGGUCUUGUGGGAGCGAAUUUCGUGCAAGCGGUUCUUGAUAAGCUUGGCUUCAAGGACCCCAUCGCCAGAGGGAUAGCCACAGCAUCGAGGUAAACUCCAUGGAAAUAUCUUUCCUCUUAUCAAUUGACUUUUUAGGAUUAAGUCAGCGUUGACUCUUCUGCUUCAAGAUAUUCGAAGGAUGUGAGAUAUUUUGGAUCAGACUCUGAACUGUUUCUUUUGAUGGCGAUGGUUAGCGCUCAUGGGCUGGGAACGGCGGCUCUGUCAGCGAAGGAACCGGAGGCACUCCCCUUCUGUGCUAUCGCCUACGCGUUGACUGGGAUAUUCGGGUCCCUUCUAUGCUCAGUGCCGGCGGUGAGGCAGAGCUUGAUUGCCAUUGUCGGGUAG